GGAAGAUGCGUGCGAAACAAUAACAAAGCUGGCAUUUUUGUUUUGUCUGUCUCGGUCUCGAUGUGUUCUUCGAAUCGAAUCCUCGUUAUUCUUCAUUAGUAGUUCAGUUCAUUCGUGUUUUUCGGCGAACUAAUUAGCUACUCGUACUCGUGUUCGUGAAAUAUGCUCACCUUGUUGCGUCAGUGAAGUGAGCUUGGCAAAUGAUCAUAUUCACGCUGCGUAUUGUGAUAUGAUUUAAUUCUUAUCGAAUUGUUGGACGGCCACUGCCUGCAGUUCCAACCAUCAUGAUGGACGGAAUGACGACGUUAGAAAGCCUCAUGUGUCACAGGAUCGGUUGGCAAACCGAAACCUACGUGAAAAGAGCCAUCGAGAUAGUAAUUCGUCAGAACGAUCAAUCGACUUUGAAGCAAUUACUCGCAACCUUAAGUACAAAUGGUAAAACAAUCACUCCAUGUGUUACGGUAGCUCGACCUAUCAAACAAUAUUACGGAUACGUCGACGUAUUUAGACAAUUUCCUGAUGGCGAUUAUCCUCACGUUAUUUACGCCAAGAUUUGGCGAUGGCCCGAUGUACGUUUUGAAGAAUUACAAUGUCUGCCACAUUGUAAAUUCGGUUUCGAGUUGAAGAAGGCUUCGAUAUGUGUGAAUCCCUAUCAUUACGAACGUAUCGAGGUGCCCUAUAGUAGUAUCAGCGUCAGUUCUACGUCGACUGUUGAGGAGCAACCUGAACGUAUUAGAACAGUCACGUUUGCGGUACCGGAAGUUACUACGUUUGGAAGCUCGAAUUCUUCGAAGACUGAGUCGGUUAGCUCGAAUGCUUCGGUAACUGAUACGAAAGAAUCUAAGACAAUCGAAGCAACAUCCGAUCAAUCAAGCGAUCAACUCCUAGACAUGCUAACCACCUCUUUCGAUUUUCCUGGCUUGUUACCUACGACGAACGACUCCACCGGUUCGAACUCAGCUCACGAUAACCCCGAACCCGAGAAAACUGCCGAAUUAUCUACGUCGAAUCUCGAUAUACUCGAUCUAGACCAAAAUUCAAUCGUUUCGGUUCCAUAUCCUCCAUCUGCGAGUCAGAUAAAAGACUCCGAUACUAGUUCGGAACCGUCUGUUGUCAAUUCUCCACCUUCUGAACCGUCUGUAGUUAAUCAACUGCUGGAUAUGGAUGACAGCUACAGCAACGGUGCUGGAUCGGCUCGAGAUCGCAGCGAGUCUUCUGCGUCGAUUAGUUCGGACGAUGGGUUCGAAAUUAUCAACUACGAUAUGGAUGUGGAUGAAUUGAACGCUGCCGAGAGUAAAACUCCGUCUAUGACUUGCUCGGUGGCAGAUAGCCAAAAUACGAAGAAAGAGCUCGAGCUCGCUUGUAGCGAAACUACUCCAAGAGCUAACGAUGAUUAUUCGACAACGUCGUCUGCACAAAACACGUGGAAUGAUGCUGGGAAACUUGACGAAGACGAGUCGGUCAAAUCGUUCGAAGAUGAUGUUAGUAUCAAGCUUAGUCUGAGGCGUUCCAAGAAUGUAAAAAAGUUCGUGGAAGCCGCGAAGCUCACCGAAGAAGAAUUACCCAUGUCUUUCGGCCACUUUCUAGCCGACCUGAAUCCCACAUCACCUAAUCUGAUUCCAUCUGAAGCUAAUGGCGUUAAGCAGCGAGAUAGCUCUGAUAAUUCGUGUGCAGCAGAAAAUAACGUUCAGACUUCGGACAUGGAGACCGAAAAUGGCGAUUCUAAGGCGAUCAGUGAGAGCGUCGACGAAUGGAAGAAAAAAUACGAAAAACUGCGAGACGAACACGAAAAAUUAAAAGUCGCCUUCAUCGACGCCGGUUUCGCAGCUACCAACGAGCCUACGCUGAAACUACGCUGUAAAGAAAUGCAGAAACUGAUGGACGGUGUAAAGACGCAGUUCGAAAGCCCGUCUAAAUCCGCUGGCCAAUACAAACGUCUGAGAAAGAUCGUCGACAACGGAGUCGACGGUUUCUUUACCAUAGCAUCACCCCCCAAGAGCUCGUCGUCUACGUCACAUUCAUCUACCUCAUCUUCGGCUUGCAGUACACUUACAAGUACACUUUCAUCUUUGCUUUCACCCGAUACGCCGUAUCGCCGGAAAAUUUACGCCAAGACUCGAGUUGCGAAGCUAAAAAUACCACCUUUUGCUCCGAACUGUAACGUUUCCUCGGUUACGACACCGUCGAGUACUGCUACCACACAGGGAACUUUGGCUGUGCCAACGACGAUGUCGUCCACGUCUACGUCGACUGCAGCAGUCAGCCAAUGUGGACCGUUUUAUUUCACUGGUUUACCGUCGUCGUCGACUCAGCCGGCAGCAGUUGACCAGAAAACAAAUGCAGCUGGUACGGCUACGCCUAGACCGACGAUACCGUUGGAGCUGAUACCUGGACCGCCCAAGUUUUCACAAAAAACGGUCAAACUUAAAGAUUUGAUGGCUCUGUCUGCAGCGAAAGACUCCAAGAUGCUCUUGUCAAAUGUCGGUAACAGUUUAAUGGCGAAACAGCUUAAUUCCGAGAAGCAGCAGCAGUCUGCGGAGGUAACCGGACCAUCGUCGUCGCAUCAACAGCCAACAGCCGCACCAUUGAAUGUUCCAGAACAACCUAAAAUCAAAGCAGAAAUAAUGGAUGAAGGCGAAAAACCCGGAGACGAAAGUAUCGUAGAUCAGCUCCGGGCUGAAAAUUAUACGCUUCGCGUUAGAGUGAAAUCUUUGGAAGCUCAGCUGGAAAUGCAGAAACAAGACGAAAUGGAGAAAAUGAAACACUAUACGAAUAAUAUGAGAGAACAGUACAUACAGACUGUAAAUAGAUUGACCGAGUCGAAUAAACCGGCAGCUUUUGGUGGACGAUAUGAUCUAACCGAAGACGAGCGCUUUCAAUUUUUCAUGCUUCGUGAGAAAGUCCAGAAAUUGGAAGCUGAACUAGAGGAGGAAAAGAAAAAAGCUCAGAAGAAUCCAUUGACCCCGAUCCCGGUAGUGCAUAUAAAAAAUGUUGAAGGUUCGCUUAACAGAGUACAGACCCUGAAACCGAUAUUGAAAAAACCAUCGGUAUUGCCGAUACAGAUACAAUCAGUUAAUGGACCCGUGACUACAACAGUUUUGUGUAAUGGAAAACAAUAUGUAGUGCAACCGAGUACACAGUCGGUACCCUUGACUCGUAUUGUCCGUUCGCAGACUAUACCCGCGACUACAAGCAUUAUCCGUAACGGAACACAUUAUCUACAAGUGAAUCAGUCUAAUACGAGUACACCGUUGGUGAAGGCUGUGCGUCUAGUAGAACCAUCGUCGCAUCAGCAGCCAAAAGCUGGACCAUCGCAUGCUCCGGAACAACCUGAAGUCAAAGAAGAGAAAAUGGAUCAAAGCGAGAAACCCGCCGACGACAGUAACGAAGCUCAGCUCCAGGCUGAAGUUGAUAAGCUUCGCAUUAGAGUAAAAUCUUUGGAAGCUCAGCUGGAAAUGCAGAAACAAGACGAAAUGGAGAAAAUGAAGUCCUAUACGAAUAGCAUGAGGGAACACUAUAUGCAGACUGUUACUAGAUUGAACGAGUCGAAUAAAGAAUUGACCGAGAAAUUGGCCGUGAAAGAGAUAGAAAUGGCCAACCAGAUCGAUCCGCAGGAGGUAACCACCUUAUUGGACGAUAAAGAUAGGGAAAUCAAUAACCUGAACGAUCAUCUGCUCUCAUUGUGCGCCCUACUGACUGCUAAUGAAGACGAAAUCCUGCAAUUGAAACACGAGAAGCGUACUUUGAAGAGGAAUUCAGAAUCUGAGGAAUCGGACGAGGAAGUUUCAUUGAAAAGACGACCCGAUGAUCAGGAAAAAGUUGAAUCGAAUCAGGAACCGCUGGCUCCGCAGCAUGUGUUCGAUUAUUUAUGCUCUGAAUUGGAGAAAUCCACUAUGAAAACAUCUGAGGAAAAUAAGUCUGAGGAUGGUGCUACGAACAAAGAAGGUACAUCUUCGGAUAACGUUCCUAGUAACGAUAAUUCUGCUCCGUCCGAACCUCGAGAAAUUAAUACACUGACGACUUCGAUACGUGACAUCGAGGAAAGGGAAAGGGCAAUGGCUGCCAGAUUUUCAGAAGUUAUAGCCGAAUUGGAAGUAAUGAAAAUCACCCACGACAAAACAAAAACCGAUCUGGAAGCCAGACUUAAAAAUGGUGCUAAACAGUACGCGAAAUUGUACUUGAAAUACGAUAAACUGAAAAAAGGCAAUCCACCGGAAACAGACUUAUAAACAUUCUUCUCCUGCUUCCUCUCACGACGAUAAGCUUUUCAUAUGUAUUUUUAUCCUUCUUUGCAGUUUAAGUGUAAGUACUACUCGUAUAUAUCGACUUAUCGUUCUUCGUAAUCUUUCUUUUUUUUUACGUUUUAGUUUAUUUUACUUUUUUUAUUUUUAUUCGAGUCUUUCUAUAUGUAUCCUAUUUUUUAAUGAGUGAGUUAGUGGCUAUUUUUUACCAAGUUAAAAUAAGAAAAACAAGUGUUCAACUCAGGUACUAUAUAUUUUUUAAAUUCCUAAGAGAUAUUUUCACUCUCGUAUUAUAUCUUGACGAUGAAGACGAUUGUUUCGAUUAUUUGUUAUUUGUGUGAAACGACUGUCUAUUAAUUACGCGUUUGUUUUAAAGUUUAAUUUUAUAGUGAAUAAAUAUUUCGUAUUGUUCC